UCUGUGUUGUUCCAGGUGCAGCUGAAGUCAGUGGUGGAGGAGCUGCCUGGUAAGUUGGAGAUGGUUCUGGCUGAGUCGGGCUCUAACUUCAGCGUGGGUCAGAGGCAGCUGGUGUGUCUGGCCAGAGCGCUGCUGAGGAAGAACCGCAUCCUCAUCAUCGACGAGGCCACGGCCAACGUGGACCCCAGGACAGAUGAACUGAUCCAACACACCAUACGAGACAAGUUCAGAGACUGCACCGUGCUCACCAUCGCUCAUCGACUCAACACCAUCAUAGACAGUGACCGGAUACUGGUUCUAGAUGCAGGGAAGGUCCACGCCUACGAUGAACCUUACACUCUCCUUCAAGAUCCUCACGGCAUCUUCUCCAAGAUGGUGCAGCAGACUGGGAAACAGGAGGCCGCUGCUCUACUGGAGGCUGCUAGAUUGGCUUACGAGAACAGAAGUCGCUCCGACGUACCGAACGGACACAAAGAUAGUUUGGUCAUCUGUGAGACGUCCAUGUGAGCUCAGGGAGAAAAGCCAGAGACCUUCACAAAGUGCCUGAGCCAAAUAUACGCACACGGGGCCGUUGCCUUCAAGCCGGGAGCCUUGAAACCACUGCUGUAAAAACUUGAUAUAGACACUAUUUAUUUUCUAUGCUUCCUAUUUAUAUGUUAACAAACUGAGGCCUUAGAGAAAUUGCUGUUAAAUGGCCACAUAAUCACUUCAAUUACUGUACGAGAUAUAUUUAUGUUUGAUUUUGUACUUGUUAAUGUUGACGUACAAUAGAACUGUUUAAAGUAGCCUUUGUAAAUAUGAGUGUAUGCACAGGAUUAAUGAACAGAUCUGAAUUUACAAAGGUGGAAACAGCUGCUACGACGGAGCUGGAGUGUGUUGAAUUAUCCUCCUUGUUUAAAUUGACACUUUUAGUUUGUCACUGUUUUAAUUGUGUUUCGAUGAUCUGAUAUGUUUGUGUUUUGUUGUUUCAAAUGCUCCAUAA